CUGUCUCUUUAAGACGAUGUGUUGAGAAGUUCAAGUUGGGGUCAGUUGAAGUUCCUGCCCUCGAUUUUACCUUUUUAGUUUUAUUAUAGACUGACAUCACACGGGGCGCUAAAACACUUAAGGCGCAUAGAGGCUCCAUUAUCAUCCCGGUGCGUAUUAUUGCUGCGACUCAAAAAUAGCAAAGGAAAUUACUCGAAAAAAAAAUAGGAGGAAACCGAAGUAUUUUUUUUUUUAUAGCAGAGGAUGAGAAAGAGGGGAGAGGAGGGGCAGAGACACGCAGAAAGAAGGAGAGGGAGGAAAGUGGGUGGGAGGACGGACCCAAGGAGCGACAAGAACUUCAUAUCAAUUAAUAAUCAUAAAAAAAGAGCUGGCAGACGCGCUCGGAAAACUGGCAUGUUUUUUUGGAGGCUGGCAGUUCAAAGCUGAAACGUCAGAUAUGACUCUUAGGCUGCUGAGAUGAUCAUUAAGGGGGACUUAGAUCGGAUGGCAGAAGACAUCGGGCAUGCAGGUGGCGGACUGAAGACGAUGCUGGGUGCCAUGGAAGUUCCAAGCCAUGCUCGGGAUCUCCUCCUGCAGCUCAACAGCCAACGAACCAAAGGCUUUCUGUGUGAUGUUAUCAUUGUGGUGCAGAAUGCUCUGUUCAGAGCUCAUAAGAACAUUCUGGCUGCCAGCAGCCUCUACUUGAAAUCUUUGGUGGUCCACGACAAUCUCAUCAACCUCGACCACGAGAUGGUGAGUCCAGGGGUCUUCAGGGUCAUUCUGGACUAUAUUUACACGGGCCGCCUUAGUGAUGGAGACCCCACCUCUCCCACUGAACCCAAUUUAGGCGCUGUAUUGGCAGCAGCCAGCUACCUUCAGCUGCUUGACUUGGUGGCUUUGUGCAAAAAGAAGCUGAAAAGAAAUGGCAAGUACCCUCCCCGCCCAGGUCCUGCAUUUCUGCCCUAUCCAAAGAUAGUGCCCAACAGCAUGGGUUUAGGGGGUGGUGGCAGGUAUAGGAUUUCUACCCCUGUCAUUCAAUCCUGCCCUCCUGGAGGGAUUUUAAACAGCCACGCAACCCGUGCAUCACCACUAGAGGAGCUAGUUCCCCAUCGGCUAGCCAUCCAUGCUGGGGAGUUGUACGCUCCAACCUCCCUCCAGGGCUCUCAGGUGUUCCCGUCCCUGCAGUCAGCUCUGCCCGCCCAGCUCGGGCGCUCGGCCCACCCUGAGAGGAACCGCUCCCCCAACUACGGCCUUGAUCUCUCCAAGAAAAGCCCCAAUUCCCAGUCGCAGCACACACCGUCUCGAGCCCACCUGGCGAACGCCCACAACGACGAGGAGCAAGACGGGAGUCUGAGCGGCCGCGCCAGUCCCAUGCAUGGGACGAAUGGAAGGCCCUUCCCCUCAGAAAAAAUGGAUUCAACCGACCAGGGAAGCUCCCUCACUCCUCCACAUUUCCCCCAUCUCAACCAGCCUCUUGGCCCACACCUCCCCCACCUGCACCGCUCAGGCUCCCGGGCCAGAGACCGCUACCCAUGCCCCCCCAGCCCUGACACCCCGACGGAAGCCGGAGAGGCGGCCAGAGAUAUGGGCAACAUCUACCGCUGGGUGAAAAAUGAGCCCCUAUCAUACACGGCUGAAGAUGAAGAUGAGGACGAGGAUGAGGAGGAAGGGGGUGAAAAUGGAGACCAGCAUCAUAACCACCACAAAGCCGGGGAGGAGAGCGAGGGAGCAGACGACAAGAGCGGGUCGGGCACAGAGGAGACGGGCAGUAGUGAAGGCCGCCCGUCCCCGUCUGGGCUGAUGGGCCGGUUCCACAUGCCUUAUGAGCCAGAGAGCUUCGGGGACAAUCUCUAUGUCUGCAUCCCCUGUGACAAAGGCUUCCCGAGCUCAGAGCAGCUCAAUGCGCACGUGGAGACACACACGGAGGAGGAGCUGUAUGGCAACUCUGGCGGGGAGAUGGGAAACAGCAAUAACAGCAGCACGAAAAACGCAAGCAGUAACACAAACGGUUAUGGGAGCAACAGUUUGAACUGUCUGUCCCACCUGGAGACCAAGUCCAGCCAGGGGCUGAGUUCAGGGGGCCUCGGCGAGAUGAUCCGACCCUAUCGCUGUUCCUCUUGCGAGAAGUCCUACAAAGACCCAGCAACUUUGCGGCAGCAUGAGAAGACCCACUGGCUGACCCGGCCUUACCCCUGCAGCAUCUGCGGCAAGAAAUUCACGCAGCGGGGCACCAUGACCCGCCACAUGCGCAGCCAUCUGGGCCUCAAACCUUUUGCGUGCGAUUCCUGUGGCAUGCGCUUCACCCGCCAGUAUCGCCUCACCGAGCACAUGCGAAUCCAUUCCGGGGAGAAGCCCUACGAAUGUCAGGUUUGCGGGGGAAAGUUCGCUCAGCAGCGCAACCUCAUCAGCCACAUGAAGAUGCACAGCAGUGGCGGGUCUGCUGGAAGCCUGACCACAGAUGGGAAGCUGAAGCUGGACUUUUCUGAGGGCAUCUAUCCUCUGAGUAAAUACGCAGCGGAGCACCUGGGGCUGAAGCCGGAGAAGGCCAACGAGCUUCUCAUCCAAGCCCAGCAGCAACUUGUUGCCGACGCAAAGGUCAUGGAAAGCCUCUACCCCCUGUCCAAACGGGCCUCGGAGCACCUGGGUAUCUCCCACGACAAGAUGGACGUCCUGGGUCAACCCCUCCCUCCUCCCCAACAGGCCCUCUCUGAAGCCCACACCAUCGGCCGCUACUCACCCAGCUAAGACCACUAGAGCUGUAUAAAUGGCAUUCACCAAUCGGCCUGUGUGCGCACACACACACAACUUGCAGUAUUCUAAAGCCAUUCACCUCAACUCGAUAGCUCCACUGCACCUCAGACUCAGGCCAAGAGGAAUUGGUCACUUCCUGCACACCAAAGUGUGUAAACUCUAAGUGCCUUUCUAUGCAUCUAAUGUGUCUUAAAGUGCUCCUGCAUAAAGGAGCUCUAUGCUAUUCUGUGACCAAGAGACAAUCACUCAAACACGUGCAGUAUAUGCAAACAAACGUUUAGAAAUUACAGCCAUUGAGCCAAAUUGAAAACCAAAAUGAAAUUGAAAUGUUUUUGUAAUUUAUUUUUGUAUUAUGAAAUCCAAAGAGAAACCGUCCCCUAAACCUGUUUACUAUUAAAUAUUAUCUUUUGUAUAAAAAAUGAAAAAGCACAUAAGGACAAGUGUCAGGGUUUUGGUCCAGAUCUGAGCGGAACUUUUACCAAAUGAGUAAGCAAACUCUUCUGUACUUUAACGUAAUGGUUGGAUGUAUAUUAUAUCUUUUUUUCUCCUUUUUUUUCUUUCUGUUGUGGGGGUGCUGGACAAUUUAUGUAUCUCCCUCUCCAGCGUCUCCAAAUCAUGUUAAGGCUUCCCAAGUUGUAGGGAAGUGAUAAGAGCAACGGCUUCACCGUUUCCCUCAAGUUGCCUCUGUUUUAUUUUCCUCCACAUUUUGAAAAGUAACUCACUCCCCCGCGUUUUGUGCCGCGGAUAAAGGCUCCAACUAUGUGACAGUAAUAGUAGCUUAAUCAGCCGUAGCCUUGUGUUAGCGUGUAACCCUCCUUGAGCUAAAAUCUUCUCUGCAUCGCAGCUUUCAGUUGUUAUUGAGAGGCAGUUAGCACGGCCCUGUGAUCUCAUAACUGGGACAUGAUCGCACAUACCCAGCUGAUGACACACUAAUCCCUGUUCAUGAUGAGUGUAUCUCUGUCUCAUGCUGUAGACGAAGCUGGGGUGGUGGCGCUGACAUUUCGUAACAUUUUGCAAUUACCGAGGCAGCCGAUCGGCGAGGCCACGGACAGAAUGAAUUACACAGAAAAUGUUGAGUUUGACAGCACAGCGCGUCGGCGUUUAGCGGGUCGUAUAGUCGGAUGCCGCUUUGCAGCUCCGCUGUCAUUUGACCUCCCUCCCCUGCAGUCUGUUGUCUGGGUCCCCCAGCUACUGUUGACGGGCCAAAAGUGAGCGCCUUAAACGCGCUCCACUCCACCGGCCACACACACAUAUGCACCCCCCACCUCUCCCCCCCUGCACACGCACACACACACUUAGCAAGCUGCUAAUCUGUCAUUGAUAUGAAAAAUAAGAAACAGUUUGUGGGCCUUCCCUGGGCCGGCGAGGUGAACGGCCAGCUGCUGUGCCUGCAGUAAGCCCUGUGAAAUCUCACUUUCUCCUGGACAAUUCCCACUGCUCGCCCCCGCGUGAUGUCCCAUUUCAUGCCUGCCAUCUUACCCCGCUGAUCCACUUAUUAACAUCUUGUCCGAGGCUAGCAAAUGUCUGCCGGCCUGGCCUCCCUUCCCCGCUGGUAUCAAACGCGGAAACAAAGAAUGACACAUUUCUGUGUUGGCUGACCAGCAGUUCCUCCGGCUUGAAAACAAAAGAGCACUUAAAGGCUGCGGGUUGACGGCGCAGUUUUGUCUAAAACAUUUUGAAUGUUUAAAGAACACGCUGUCCUUUUCUUUACUUUUCUACUGGUCCUUGUUUUAGAACAAAAAUGUCUGAUCACUAUAGCGCCAAUGCCAACCUCAGUGGGUGAAUGUGAAGACUAAAGCCAUAAAUACACUGUGAUAGAGGUGGUGAAUCUUAAAGGCAAAAACCAAACAACAAUGUGCCUGACUUUUAAGAUGUUUUUGUUUUCAAUGUAACAAUAAUUUAAGGGCUUCUCUUUUUUUGUAGCAUAUGAUCAUAUCAAACAUGUUGUUUUCUGUCACUUACUUUUCUUUAUUUUGGUUUGAACUGAAAGCAGCGCACGUGAAACUGGUGCUUACCUCAGGACUGAACCCAGCAUGGGGAUGCUAAGCUUUACUAAACUUUUGGAUUAUCAACACACAGAUGCACACUCACAAACCGUAUUUUAUUUUGUAUAUUAACAGGGCAGUUGUCCUGUGUUAAACCUGUGGUUAUUUCUGUGUUUAUACAUUUCUUGUUACAGUUUUAUGGUGGAGAGAUAAUAUGUGGUAUUAACAUUUUAUUUUAUUUUCAUUUUUACAAUGCUGUAUACAUGUUCUAUUGUGUCCUCAAAGAGGCUUGUACAGGUCUGACCAAUGCUAUUCUUUCAACGUAAGGCAAAGUGUUUUUGGUAGUGUUUCAACUGGCUGUCUGUGAAUUUCUGAACCUUCCUUUAGUGAGCGUCAAUCUUUGGUUUCAACCACGCAUUGCAAGUUCUAGGUGACUGGUGUCGUGCUUUGAAAGGUCUCCACGAGACACAACGUGCUCCCCGUACUUCCUUUUAACAGACGCGCAGCGGCUUUUCAGGGCGAGUGUGAAACCUGGACUCGUUCUGUGUGACUCCUUUCCUCCAGAACUUAGUGAAGGCCGAGAGUCAGACAUACGCUGCAAAUGCACAAAAACACACAGGAAGUUGGCUUGUUUUGGAUGAUGCUUCAAGUAGUGGGACUGUUUUGUUUAGCUGUGUGACAAAUAAAACGAAAGUAUAGCUUCAAUUAAACGGCAUCUUGUGCUUACGUGCUAAACAUGAGUUGUGGGACUUUCAGACCUCUCACAUCUUCUCAAACUUGCUCUCCUUCCUUUCCAUGCCUUACACCAUUAAAACAACACACAAAUCACAGGGUUUUCCACUGUCACUCCAAAUCUUUGCACGGGGGGUAGAGCAAGAUAAUGGCUGAACAUUUCUGUGGGAUGUGCACCGUUUGAAAUUUGCUUAAUUGCAUUAAUGUGUACGACGGGCGCAGAGGGAGGGGUUGUGCAUCUAAGGAGAGGGGAAGCGUUUGCUUGUCUGUUUGUGUGUCACGAUGCUGUUCGAGCGUUUGGAGGGCUGUUAAUGCACGUCCUGGGAAUAGGGUCGGCGUGAAGGAGAAGAGCUGAGGAGCAGGAAGUGAACUUUUGGCUGGUGUGUUGCGCUGAGCAGGAUGUGCCGUGUGUUUCUGCUCAGAGGCAGAUAGAGAGGUGGAGGAUGGGGAGGGAGAGGAGCAGGAACGGCGCAGCAGGGUGGAUGCGAGCCAUUGUCUCAGUAUGAAAGCCUGUUCGUACUUCUGAAACCCACCAUUCAGAAAACAAGUAUACUGUAUGUUCUCUUUUCCUUCCCCUCUUUGCUCUUUGGGAAUAGACCUCUGCUCAGUGUCACGGUGAUACAACAUGAUGGCCUUUUUAAGGGCCGCGCAGCAAAGAUGAUGAUAAAUUGGUUCAUGACAAUAUUGUUUCAUAUUCAUGAAUUUUUACUUUGGGCUGGCUAUACUAAACUAUAAUGAAAAUCCAAAUAAAGAAAUUGCAGUAUUAUUGCUCUGUAGUAAAAUUACAAAAGCAUUGUUUUAAUUUACUGGUAUGCCCCUUGCUCCAAUUGGUUUUUAUGCCUUUAUUUUACUUUUAUACAGCAAACCAGAAUAACCUCUUAUGGCCACAAAGUGGUUUAGACGAAGAUGUUUUGAAAUUGCUAGAAUUAAUUACAUUAAUUUAUUAUAAUAAAAAUGAAUAAAUGCAAAUAUAAAUGAGUGUAGGAAGAUAAAACAACUUGUUAGUAUUUCGGCCACUUUAUUCCUCUCAUGUUGUUAUGGCAACCAGCCCAGGCCUGUAACUUUUAUAACACUAACAAUAUAGAAGUAGAAAACCUGGAUGAGGUCCAAUGGCGCUAGACCAAAAAGGGGUUGAGGUUAAAUGUAAAAAAAUGUAAAGUAUGUCAUUAAGCUUUCUACCAGCGGCAGCAGGCAGAGGUCACCUCUGUGAAUCUGACAGCCUGCAUGGUCCCGAUCUGCAAUCAUAGCGCCGUUUGACAUUUUAUUGUAUUUCUAUACGCGUGAAAAAAGUACUGGAGCAUUAGCAGACAUCGCAGAUCCCCCCCCAAAGAAAAACUGAGAUAUUUUUUUAGUUUCCACGGGUUUCAUUCUCAGACUAAGCUUCUGACCAACUGGAGUUUGCCUUAUUAUGAAACCUAUUAUCUGCAGUAUGUGUCUACUGUGGCUUGAGAGAGAAAGUGGGAUAUACCACUUUUUUUUUGUGUACAUAUUUAUUUUCAUGAGGACUAAUUUUAUAUGUAAACUAGAGCCAGAUUAUAUCAAUAAUCAAGCCUUGUCUUGGUGUUCAAACCAAAUAGUGACACGCAAUAUAACAAGCAUUGAUGAUUCUGGAUCCGCUUGUGUAAUAUAUAUAUAUAUAUAUAUAUAUAUAUAUAUAUAUAUAUGCAUGCGUGUCCACACAGUGCACCUGUCCAUCUACAUGUCUGAUCACCUUUCCCACAGUGUAGCAGGGUGAAGUACAAGAAAUUUCACUUUCAAAGAAAUUUGACACCUUCAAGAGUUGUAAUUACAAGCAGCUGCUUGAGAUUUAUUUCCCCAGACAGCACUUUUCUGGAAAAAUCAUUGUGUUGUGAUUUUAUUUUUUCUAUGAUCCCCUAGAAGUCCCACAACUGCCCUUUUCCUCUCGCACCUUGCUCUCUUUUGCUCUCCUCCUCUUCCCCUCUCUGGAAUUUGGCCGCGCUCGUUCAUCAUCGCCCUUGUUACCUCGAGACACAACUUCCCUCCUCACCUCUCUCCCCCUCUCUGUCCCCUCUCUCUUCUUACACUCAACACAAACCGUUGACCCCCAGCGCCCACUGCCCCCUUCCCUUGAUCCACUUACUUCCAGCUGUUUUUCAUGCUGACGAAGACGGUUGUCUAAACGUUUAUGUGAGGAGGAGCUUUUUCUCUAAGCCCUGAUCAGUUUCCCAAACGAACUUUGCGCCAUGUGUUAAAAUACAGGAGAUGUUGGGCCAAAUAGUAAUUAAAACCAAAAAAAAAGUACUCUGAUUUCCAAGCCAAGAAAGGGCUUACAAAGGAAGAUUAAAGGCAGCAUAUCGUUGUAGAGGAAAUGCAGAAUAAUGUGAGGGGAAAUGUUUGGGGGAAAAUAUUCUCUGAAAGAUGCCAGUAAAGUAAACACUUAUAAAUUGCACAAUUGAGCCUCCGCUGCACCAGCCAAGUCAUGCACCGAGAUGGAGAGAACAAGAGAGAUCAGUCGAGAGGAAAAAGAAGCAGCAACAGAGAGAGAAAUUGCUUGUGCUUGAUAGUCACAACCUUCAAUAAAUCACAAGGAAAAGCUGAGACUCUUUACCCCCCCUUCACCCUCCCAACUCAUUCUGUGAGCUUACUCGAUUUCAUUUAUUUUAGACAUUUUAUAUUUUUGCCUUUUCAUGUUCACUGCUGCUGAUUAUUGUCACAUUUUUUUUUUCUUCUUCUAGAUAUUAAUGUUCGAGUCAUCGCGCCCCCAUCCUUUUUCCAGACCUAACAAUUAUCACCCGAUAAGCACACGACCCGCUGUAGGCUCUCUGCAGUUGAUUAGUGAAAGGGGGUUCUGGCUGCCCGCGUCGUCUUCCAUCUGUUUAGCUUGGACCUCUGUUUCUACCUUGAGCACAUACAAGACAAACUGAGUGGACUUUGGCUGGAAUCCUUUUGUUUACAGUGUACAACUUCUGCUCCAGAAGCUUAAAUUUUAAAGACAAACAGAGCAAGGACAAAACUAGCUGGAAUUUGUAAGAGCAAAUGUUGGUCAAUGAGAAUAUUUGAUAUGUGUGUGUGUUUCUCACACACGUGAAAGUUUGCACGUACAAACACACACACGUACGUCUCCCGUAGACGCACACAGCUGCACGGCAGACCGAUGCUCAAAUCCAGAUUAGAUCAGAUUUAAUAAGGUUUCCCUGCACUGUUCGGACUGCAGCUUUUUGUAGAAAAAGCCAUUAUUAAAGAAAAGCUAAAGCUACUGACUGCUAAACAGACGCUAAAACACCCGCCAAAAUGUUGCACAGCCUUAAGUGUCUCGCACACACAUAUAGUCACACACCCGCAAAAACAAUUUACUCUGGUUUUGGGAAAUGGCUGCGUUGUGAAAUGAUGGAUCGUGAGCGAAUGGAGAUCAGUGUGACGUUUCGAGGUGUUUGUUCCCGACUGGAUGUGGUUGACGGAUAAGAAAGUUCAGAAGUAGCACAGACUGCCACGCAGACAGUAGUAGCUGCGGAUAAAUGAGGAAAAUAAUACUCGAAGGAGCAUAUGUGACUCAUUUGAAAUAUAAAUUAGAAUGUUUGGUGCAGGACAGGAUCUUAUUUUAGCAGACAUAUUAAGCUAAACGUCAAUGCCAUGAAGGCAAUUCAAAGCAAUACAUUUAACCAAAUAACAUUUUCUGCAUUUCAUUGUCAAUAUUGAUUUUACUUUGCUUAAAGAACUGAAUGUAUUUAUUGCAUGUCAACAUGUUUUAUAAUUCAUUUUUGUGUAAAUUUCAAUUUCAUUUAAAAAAAAUAAUUUCCUUUCAAUUAUGGUGUCCUGAUAGUCAUGUUUAUAAGGCUUUUUUUUUUUAAAGCCAAUGUGAAAUUUUUUUUUGUUUUGAUUGUUCAUAUACUCAAAAUCAACUUGGCAAUAAAGUGAAUUGCAUAACGGA